AUGUACAGCAUGAUGGAACACGAGCUGAAGCCGACCGGCCAGCCCCCUUCUCAUCAUACCUCCCAGGGAAUGUCACCGGUAACCGGCAGCAUGACCGGGACUAUUGGCAGCAAUGGAAAUUCUCACCCGAACUCCAAAACGUCAUGUUCACCAGGAAGCGAUCCCAUGGAUAAAGUCAAGCGACCCAUGAACGCUUUCAUGGUCUGGUCAAGAGGACAGAGGCGCAAGAUGGCUCAAGAAAACCCCAAAAUGCACAACUCUGAGAUCAGUAAGCGCCUGGGAGCUGAGUGGAAACUCCUGACCGACGUUGAGAAACGGCCCUUCAUUGAUGAGGCCAAGCGGCUCCGGGCAGUCCACAUGAAGGAGUACCCCGAUUACAAGUACAAGCCACGCCGCAAGACAAAGCCCUUGCUCAAGAAAGACACUCAGGUGGGAAAGUAUCCACUGUCAGCAGGAAACCUACUGGCGGCAGCUGCGCAAGGUCAGGCUGGUAGUCCUAGGAUGGAGAGCUAUGGCUGGGGCCCCAGUGGAGGCUACGCCGGCAUGCAGGGCGAGGCGCUCGGCUACACUCAGCAGCUACACCGUUAUGACCUGUCAGCUCUCCAGUACCCACCUGCAAUGUCGGCAGCACAGACGUACAUGAACGGAGGAAACUCAUACAGCCCUAUGUCAUACAGCAGCAGUCCACAGCAGCCAAGCUCUGUCACCAUGUCCAUGGUGAAAGCAGAACCAGUAUCCCACUCGCCUCCAACGGGGACACCAAGCCACCACCGUGGAGCUUUGCAGGGUGACCUCAGGGACAUGAUCAGCAUGUACAUUCCUGGACCAGGAGGGGAGGCCACCGACCCAUCGACAGCACAGAGAGGCUAUACCAGUGUCCAGCAGCACUACCUCACUGGAACUGUUCCACUCACACACAUCUAG